AUGUCGGCCGACAUGAAUGGAAUAGGAAGUCAUCAUACCCUCAUCUUUGAUGUGGUUAAAACUAACGAGGGAAACGGAUUCCAUAGAAACACUAGAAUUUUCAUGCCUCCUGAAAGCGGAUUCUACGUCUUUCCUAGGACUAUCAGAGUAAUGACAUAUUACUCAGUUGAGUUGCUGGUAAACAGAGAUGUAGUGGGCUCCACCUAUCAUAUUGAAAACUACAGCUUUGAUCAGGGUGGUGCGACUGUAGUUGUGUUCUGUAACACGGGUGAUGAUAUUUAUUUAAGAACAGGAGCAAAUUAUAAUGUUGGUCCCAUCACAAGUGAGGAGAGAGGAAGGAGUUCCUUUGCUGGAUGGAAAAUUUGA